CCGAGGAGGCGCCGGGAAAUGAGGACUGACACUGGGGAGAAACCCCAUGAGUGGCUGGAGUGUGGAGAGAGCUUCAACCAUAGUUCAUAUCUACAUGGACAUCAAAGGACUCCCACUGGGGAGAAACCCUAUCCAUGCCUGGAAUGUGGGAAGAGCUUCACUCAGAGUUCAGGCCUACGUUCACAUCAAAGGACUCACACAGGAGAGAAACCCUAUUCGUGCCUGGAGUGUGGACGGAGCUUUGCCCAGAGUGGAGGUCUACGCUCGCACCGAAGGAGUCACACUGGGGAGAAGCCAUAUACGUGCUUGGAGUGUGGACGGAGCUUCACUUUGAGUUCAGGUCUACGUUCCCAUCUAAGGACUCACACUGGGGAGAAACCGUAUACGUGCCUGGAGUGUGGAAUUAGCUUCACUGAGAGUGGAAGUCUACGUUCGCAUGAAAGGAUUCACACUGGGGAGAAACCCUUUACAUGCCUGGAGUGUGGACAGAGCUUCACUUUGAAUUCCGGUCUACGUUUACAUCAGAGGACUCACACUGGGGAGAAACCGUAUACAUGCUUCGAGUGUGGACACAGCUUCACUCAAAAUUCAGCUCUGCGUUCACAUCAGAGGACUCACACUGGGGAGAAACCGUAUACGUGUCUGGAGUGUGGAGUGAGCUUCACCGAGAGUGGAAGUCUACGCUCACAUCAAAGGAUUCACACUGGGGAGAAACCCUAUAAAUGCCUUGAGUGUGGACAGAGCUUCACUUGGAGUUCAGGGCUACGUUUACAUCAGAGGACUCACACUGGGGAAAAACCCUUUACAUGCCUGGAGUGUGGGAAGAGUUUCUCUCAGAAUUCAGUUCUACACUCACAUCAAAGGACUCACACUGGUGAGAAGCCCUAUACGUGCCUGGAGUGUGGACAGAGCUUCACUGAGAGUUCAGGUCUACGUUCACAUGAAAGGACUCACAGUGGGGAGAAACCCUAUAUGUGCCUCGAGUGUGGGCAGAGAUUCACUCAAAAUUCACAUCUACUUUCACAUCAAAGGACUCACACUGGGGAGAAACCCUUUGUAUGCCUGGAGUGUGGGAAGAGCUUCACUCAGAGUUCAGGUCUACACUCACAUCAAAGGUCUCACACUGAGGAGAAACCCCAUACAUGCCUGGAGUGUGGACAGAGCUUCACUUGGAGUGGAGGCCUACGUUCACACCAGAGGACGCACACUGGGGAGAAACCCUAUUCAUGCUUGGAGUGUGGAAAGAGCUUUGCUCAGAGUUCAGCUCUACGUUCGCAUCAAAAGAUUCACACUGGGGAGAAACCCUAUAUGUGUCUGGAGUGUGGAAAGAACUUCACUCAUAGUGCAAGUCUACGUUCACAUCAAAGGACUCACACGGGGGAGAAACCCUAUAAAUGCCCGGAGUGUGGGAAGAGCUUCACUCAGAGUUCAGGUCUACAUAUCCAUCAAAGGAUUCACACUGGGGAGAAGCCCUAUAUCUGCCUGGAAUGUGGGCAGAGCUUCACCCAAAGCUCACAUUUACGUUCCCAUCAAAGAACUCACCCUGGGGAGAAACCCUAUACAUGCCUGGAGUACAGCAAGAGCUUCUCCCUUGAGUGCAAAUCUACAUUUACAUCAAAGGACCGGGGAGAAACCCUAAGUGUGCCUGGAGUGCGGAAAGAGCUACACUCAGAGUUCACAUCUACGUAGACAUCAUAGAAUUCAUAUUGGAGAAAACAACGGUAUUUGACUCCAGAGAAACUCCAAGACGGAGCAUUGCAAACUUUUUGUGUUGGUGACACACUUAGAUAUGCAUACUUUUGCAACAUGGGAAUUCAGUUUACCUGGCAAACCGGAGGUUAAACCAACCACAUACAAGAUUUACAAUAUAUCACAAUGUAAUAAUAUAUAGAGAAACAUAUUAUUCAACCACAAAAUUACAUUACCUCCCACAUACAUACAUGCAAACACUGCCUGGAGUUUGUAAUUUGUAUUGUAUUUGUAUGUAUUAUUUAUUUUUAUUAUUCUGUUUAUUUACUUCAUCUAUAUAUCAUUUUUUCUCACCCCUUGGGGGACUCAAAG